GGCGCCCCGCCUGCCACGGCCUCGGGCUCCGCGCCCUCAGCCCUCCCGCGGGCGGCUCCGCGCUGCCCCAGGGCCGCGGGUGCCGUGACCGCCGUCUGCGGCGCCGAGGGUGCGCCUCCCGCGGCCGAGGGCCUCGGGCCGCCGCUCGCGGUGCUCUUCGCGGUCGCGAUGAGCGCCAACGAGGACCAGGAGAUGGAACUGGAAGCAUUACGUUCUAUAUACGAAGGAGAUGAAAGUUUCCGGGAAUUAAGUCCAGUUUCAUUUCAAUAUAGGAUAGGUGAAAGUGGUGAUCCCAAAGCUUUCCUCAUCGAGGUUUCCUGGACGGAGACAUACCCGCAGACCCCCCCAAUCAUCUCCAUGAACGCUUUCUUUAACAACACCAUAUCCUCAGCCAUAAAGGAGAGCAUACUAGCCAAGUUACAGGAGGCGGUGGAAGCCAACCUCGGCACCGCCAUGACCUACACGCUGUUCGAGUAUGCCAAGGACAACAAGGAGCAGUUCAUGGAGAAUCAUCAUCCUGUGAGCUCUGCAACAUCCAUAAGCAAUAUCCUCUCAGUUGAAACUGCUAAUGUAGCUCCAUCCAGUAAGAAAAAAGAAAAGAAGGAACAGCUUACAAAAGCCCAGAAACGCAAGCUGGCAGAUAAAACAGAUCACAAAGGAGAGCUUCCUCGAGGCUGGAACUGGGUGGAUGUGGUGAAGCAUGUAAGUAUUUAUAGCUGCAGUGAGGUGUGACUGUUGAUUUAAGCAAAAGUGGCACUAAAGAUGAUGACUAGCACUUGGAAUUGGAAACAAGGAAAGAGCAUCCUUAAAAAGUACACUGGGUUCAAACUUUUGUCACUCUCUUCUGGUAUUGAGGUGGCUUUUUAUAAAACCAUUUUUUGUAUGUUUCUUACAUAAAAAUGUUCUAAGCUGAAAUUUCCUGAAGAGAUUUGGUUGUAUUAAAUUAUUUUCACAAACUUGCCUUAAUAAAAGGUGAAAUAUUACUGUUUAAUAUACUUUGGAAGCCUUUUGAGCUUUGUCAGUGGAAUAAGGGGAAUGAUAAAUAAUCAGUGUUAACUUAUGUGAUCUUAUUCUAGUGGAUGUAACCAUUUU